GUGAGCACGCUGACUCUCAGUCUCAAGUCAGUCACUCACUUACUCACCCACACGGCAAAGUGUCAGGCAGGGCUCUGGGCUGUGCUGCUAGCCCGCUUGUCAUCAUACCUCUGAUCCCACCGAGGAGUAAGCUCUCAGCCCUGAAGAUAGAAAAAGAGAAAGAGAAGGAGAGUGGGAGUGAGAGAGAGAAAAAGAGAGAAGGAGAGAGAGAGAGAGGAUGUCAACAACAACAGGGACAACUACAUAAAGAAACAAGGAAACCAAAACAAAGGCAAAAGUUAAACUGAAGCAGAAAGUAAAACUGAAGCAGAGCUAAGAGUGUAUUGAAGAAGCAAAGGAGGAGCCGGAGCUGACUGGAAAACAAAAGAAGAAUUCAGAAGCUGAGGACAGGCACAAAGUCCAACCAUAUAGUCCUAUCAUAGAAGCCUCCUUUGGAUGUGUGUUUUGGUUUUGGAUGUCCCCCAUCCAUGGUGUCCCUGCGGAAUAGGUGAGCGAGUGCUGUAGUUCUGGGCUUUCGGAGGACAUGUCUCAGGAUGAUGUGGGCAGCGUGGCAGUGGUGCCGGAGGAGGGCAGAGAACCUCAGAAGGUCGCGGAGCACCACCACCACGGGCACGGGCAGGACAGCAUCGUCCUCCAUCAGAUGGCCACCCUCUCUAUGGACAUGUUCACACCCAGCGACUUCAAGGGCAAAUUCCGGAAGAUCCAUCCCAGAAAGAGGCCCACCAUAGCCAUCAUCAGAGAAGCGUCUCCCGUUGGCAAGCCCCCCCUGCCCCCAGUGAGCAGUGCUCCAGGAGAGCGCAAGGGUCCCAUCGCCACCAUGCCCGUCACCGUGGACCCCGAGAGCAAGCCGGGCGAGUUCGUCCUCAAGAGCCUCUUCGCCAACUUCACCACACAGGCCGAGCGUAAGAUCCGCAUCAUCAUGGCCGAGCCCCUGGAAAAACUAUUGACCAAGUCCCUACAGAGAGGAGAGGACCCACAGUUUGAUCAGCUGAUCACCAGUAUGAGUUCGCUGGCUGAGUACUGUCUGCCCUCUAUCCUGCGCACGCUCUUCGACUGGUACAAGCGCCAGAACGGCCUGGAGGACGAGUCCCACGAGUACCGGCCUCGGGCCAACACCAAGUCCAAAAGUGAUGAACAACAAAGGGAUUAUUUAAUGGAGAGGAGAGACCUCGCCAUUGACUUCAUCUUCUCCCUGGUCCUCAUUGAGGUCUUAAAACAGAUCCCACUCCACCCUCUCCUGGAUGGCCUGAUUCAGGAGGUCAUCAAUCUGGCAUUUAGGCAUUUUAAAUACAAAGAAGGGUACCUGGGGCCCAAUACAGGCAACAUGCACAUUGUGGCUGACCUGUAUGCAGAAGUAGUUGGAGUUGUAGCCCAGUCUAGAUUCCCUGCGGUGCGGAAGAAGUUCAUAGCCGAGCUGAAGGAGCUGAGGCAGAAGGAGCAGAGCCCGUACGUGACCCAGAGCACCAUCAGCCUCAUCAUGGGCGUCAAGUUCUUCCGCAUCAAGAUGUACCCCGUGGAGGACUUCGAGGCCUCCUUCCAGUUCAUGCAGGAGUGUGCUCAGUACUUCCUGGAGGUGAAGGACAAGGACGUGAAGCACUCUCUGGCUGGCCUCUUUGUGGAGAUAUUAGUCCCUGUUGCCGCAACUGUGAAAAACGAGGUGAAUGUGCCGUGUCUAAGGAACUUUGUGGAGAGUCUGUAUGACACCACUCUUGACCUGUCCUCAAGGAAGAAGCACUCACUGGCGCUGUACCCACUGGUCACCUGUCUCCUGUGUGUGAGUCAGAAGCAGAUCUUCCUCAACAGGUGGCAUGUGUUCCUCAAUAACUGCCUGUCUAAUCUUAAGAAUAAGGACCCUAAAAUGGCCAGAGUGGCCUUAGAGUCCCUGUAUCGCCUGCUCUGGGUCUACAUGAUUCGAAUUAAGUGUGAAAGCAACACUGCAACACAGAGCCGUUUGACGUCCAUAAUUUCCACACUGUUCCCGAAAGGCUCGCGCAGCGUAGUCCCUCGAGACAUGCCUCUCAACAUUUUUGUCAAAAUCAUCCAGUUCAUUGCACAGGAAAGGCUGGAUUUUGCAAUGAAAGAGAUUAUCAGUGAUCUGCUAAGUGUGGGGAAAUCAGCAAAGGCCUUCAGUCUUAAUCCAGAGAGGAUGAACAUUGCUCUCAGGGCCUUCCUGGUCAUAGCUGACAACCUGCAGCAGAAGGAUGGGGAGCCACCCAUGCCCAACACUGGAGCCACGCUGCCCUCGGGCAACACUCUGAAGAAGAAGAAGACUUACCUGAGCAAGACCCUGACAGAGGAGCAGGCCAAGCUCAUAGGCAUGGCCCUGUAUUACUCCCAGGUGCGCAAGGCCAUCGAUAACAUCCUGAGGCACCUGGAUAAGGAGGUGGGCCGCUGCAUGAUGCUCACCAAUGUGCAGAUGCUCAACAAGGAGCCGGAGGACAUGAUCACGGGUGAGCGGAAGCCCAAGAUUGAUCUGUUCAGGACGUGUGUGGCGGCUAUCCCCCGUAUCCUCCCUGACGGCAUGUCCAAGCCUGAGCUCAUAGACCUGCUGGCAAGGCUUACGGUGCACAUGGACGACGAGCUGCGCCUGAUCGCCCAGAACUCACUCCAGAGCCUCCUGCUGGACUUCCCGGACUGGCGCGAGGACGUGCUGUUCGGCUAUACCAACUUCUUGCUGCGCGAGGUGCAGGACACGCAGCAGAGCAUGCAGGACUCCUCCGUGAAGCUGCUGCUGCAGCUGCUGGCCCAGUGGAGGCUGGCGCUGCAAGCGCCCAACAAGACCCGCUCCACCGAGCUGUCCCAUGGCAGCAGCGGUAGCGUGGGCAGUGCCGGGGGGCGAUCGGCGGCCGAGCGGAGCCCCCACUGCGGCGUGCUGCACGCGGUGGAGGGCCUGGCCCUGCUGCUGCUCUGCUCCUGCCAGACGAGCACGCGCAAGCUGGCCGUGUCCGUGCUCAGGGAGAUCCGCCUGGUCUUCAGCGCCAUCGGACAGGCAGAUGAUGAUGACAAGCCCAUGAUCGAGGUGAUGGACCAGCUGAGCUCCACUGUGCUGGACAGCUUUGUGCAUGUGGCUCAUUCGGACUCGGCCACCCUGCCUCUGAGCCACCACGUGGACCUGCAGUGGCUGGUGGAGUGGAACGCCCGGCUGGUCAACAGCAACUACGACGUCAAGAGCCCCUCGCACGUGUGGAUCUUUGCGCAGUCGGUGAAGGACCCGUGGGUGCUGUGCCUCUACAGCUUCCUGCGGCCCGACCACCUGCCCAAGCACUGCCCCACGGCGCUCAGCUACGCCUGGCCCUACGCCUUCACCAGGCUACAGCUCCUCAUGCCACUGGUCGACCCCAACAGCCCCGUCUACGCCAAGAAGACGAGCACGCCGGGGCCGGUGGACGGCUACGUGAAUCUGUGGAGGAACUACCUGAUCCUGUGCCUGGGUGUGGCCAAGCCCAGCAUCAUGAGCCCGGGUCACCUGCGCGCCUCCACUCCUGAGAUCAUGGCCACCACACCAGACGGCAGCAUCACCUACGACAACAAGGUGAUUGGCACUCCAUCCGUGGCCUGGCUCCUGAAGCAGCUGGUUCCUCUGAUGAGGGCCGAGAGCAUUGAGAUCACCGAGUCUCUAGUACUGGGCUUCGGUCGCACCAACUCCCUCGUGUUCAGAGAGUUGGUGGAGGAGCUCCAUCCACUAAUGAAGGAGGCUCUGGAGAGAAGACCUGAGAACAAGAAGCGACGUGAGCGGAGGGACCUUCUGCGGCUGCAGCUGUUGCGCAUCUUUGAGCUGCUGGCUGACUCUGGCGUGAUCAGUGACAGUACUAACGGGGCUCUGGAGCGGGACUCCCUGGCUCUGGGUGCCCUGUUCCUGGAGUAUGUGGACCUGACCCGAAUGCUGCUGGAGGCCGAGAACGACAAGGAGCUGGAGAUCCUCAAGGACAUCCGCGCCCACUUUAGUGGCAUGGUGGCCAACCUCAUUCAGUGUGUCCCAGUCCAUCACAGGCGCUUCCUCUUCCCCCAGCAGAGUCUGAGGCAUCACCUCUUCAUCCUCUUCAGCCAGUGGGCGGGGCCAUUCAGUGUCAUGUUCACCCCACUGGACCGCUACAGUGACCGCAACCACCAGAUCUCCAGAUACCAGUACUGUGCCCUCAAGGCCAUGUCUGCAGUGCUGUGCUGUGGUCCUGUUUUUGACAACGUUGGCCUCUCCUCCGAUGGCUACCUCUAUAAGUGGCUCGACAACAUCCUGGGCUGUCACGACCUGCGGGUGCAUCGUCUGGGCUGUGAGGUGGUGGUCCUGCUCCUUGAGCUGAACCCAGACCAGGCGAACCUGUUCAACUGGGCCGUGGAUCGCUGCUUCACCGGCGCCUACCAGCUGGCCUCAGGCUGCUUCAAGGCCAUUGCCACCGUCUGUGGGAGCAGAAAUUACCCAUGUGAUAUUGUCACCCUGCUGAACCUGGUGCUCUUCAAGGCGUCGGACACCAGCAGGGAGAUUUACGAGAUCUCCAUGCAGCUGAUGCAGGUCCUGGAGGCCAAGCUGUGGGUUUACUCCAAGAAGAUCACAGGGCAGAAGCCGGGGAAUAUCCUGUACGGCACUCACGGCCCCCUGCCCCCCCUCUACAGCGUCUCACUGUCCCAGCUCUCCAGUCAGCUGGCCAGCAUGUACCCAGAGCUCACACUCCCCCUCUUCUCAGAGGUGAGCCAGCGGUUCCCCACCACGCACCCCAACGGGAGGCAGAUCAUGCUGACCUACCUGCUCCCGUGGCUCAACAACAUCGAGCUGGUGGACACAGGGCUGCCCCCCACCUCCAGCCCCUGCACCCCAGAGGAGGAGGCCCGCGGACGGGCCGGUGGCCUGGGCACCCCCCCUCGCCUCAAGGGUAACGGCUGGGGCUCCCUGCAGGCCACCUCUCUGGUGCUCAACAACCUCAUGUACAUGACUGCCAAGUAUGGGGAUGAGGUUCCUGGGCCUGAGAUGGAGAAUGCAUGGAACGCCCUGGUCACCAAUGACAAUUGGAGCAACAACCUCAGAACGACUCUGCAGUUCCUCAUCAGCCUCUGUGGAGUCAGCAGCGACACAACACUACUGCCAUAUAUUAAGAAGGUGGUGAUCUACCUCUGUCGGAACAACACCAUCCAGACCAUGGAGGAGCUGCUGUUUGAGCUGCAGCAGACCGACCCCGUCAACCCCGUGGUCCUGCACUGCGACAACGCCCCCUUCUACCGAUUCGCCGCCAGCAACAAGACCUCCGUGGUCGCCUCUGGCACCACCUCAAGCACUAACACCUUGGUAGCGGGUCAGGAUAACUUUCCGGACACAGACGAGGCUAAGAUCGCCCGGGAGACCGAGGAGAGGUUGAGUAAUGUGGCGAGGGCCCAUAACAGGCUGGAGUCCCGGUACAGUAACAGCUCUGGGGGCUCCUAUGAUGAAGAGAAGAACGAGCCGCUCCCUCCCUAUGCCAGCUGGCUGAUCGGCGUGCUGGAGAGCAACCGGCCGCAGCCGCUGCCCAUGCCGGUGAACGGGGGCUGCUGGGCUCCGCUGGUGGACUACCUGCCAGAGACCAUCACCCCACGAGGACCCCUGCACCGGUGCAACAUUGCAGUGAUAUUCAUGACAGAGAUGGUGGUGGAUCACAGUGUGAGGGAAGACUGGGCCCUGCACUUACCCCUCCUGCUUCAUGCACUCUUUCUGGGUCUGGAUCACUACCGCCCCGAGGUGUUUGAGCACAGCAAGCGACUACUGCUGCACCUCCUCAUCGCCCUGUCCUGCAACAACAACUUCCAGGUCAUCGCCUCCGUCCUGCUUCUCACCCGCGAGAUCAGCGACAACAAGACCCUCACCGUCAAGUCCAGCUAUCAGCCUGAGUACCACUACACUGGGGGCUUUGACUUCCUGCGGGAGAGUCCGUCUCCCGUGGCGGACUCGGGCCUCAGCUCGUCCUCCACCUCGUCCAGUGUGAGCCUGGGGGGCAGCGUGGGCAACCUGCCGCAGAUCAGUGCGGAUCUGGAAGAGCUGGACGACUCCUCCAUCGACACGGACGAGAAGACAAACAAGCUCAUCGAGUUCCUCACUACCAGGGCGUUCGGGCCGCUGUGGUGCCAUGAGGACAUCACGCCCAAGAACCCCAACUCCAAGAGCGCCGAGCAGCUGUCCAACUUCCUGCGCCACAUCAUGUCCGUCUUCAAGGAGUCCAAGUCAGACUUCCACCUGGAGCAGCAGCUGAGUGACGUGGCACUGCAGACGGCGCUGUGCAGCUCAUCUCGCCACUACGCUGGACGCUCCUUCCAGAUCUUCAGGGCCCUGCGGCAGCCGCUGUCUCACCACGCGGUCUCCGACAUCCUGUCACGCCUGGUGGAGGUGGUGGGGGAACACGGGGACGAGGUGCAGGGCUAUGUGAUGGAGGUGCUGCUCACACUAGAGUCUGUGGUGGAUAACCUAGCCGAGUGCCUGAAGAACAGUGAUCUGAUGGCAGCUUUAACCAGGGCCUCGUCUCCUGACUUCCUGGUGAGCGGAAAGCUUAACUCCAACAGGAAGAGCACGGGCCAGCUGAACCUGCCGCACGGCGCAGACGCCAGCGCGGCCGAUCGCAGCCGGCACCAGCGCAGCUACUCCGUGCCCAAGAAGUUUGGCGCUGAGAACGGCAGCGCCGGAGGUGGCGGCGUGCACCCCCCCGGCGCCCGCUCCCCCUCAGACAACCCCCCGCGCAGCGCCACGCUGGACCGCAUCCAGGCGUGCACCCAGCCGGGCGUCAACUCGCGCGGCUCGCCCCGCAGCUGCUGCUCCUCGGCCUCCUCCACCCGCGGCGACUCCUCCGGCCUGCCCAUCAGCGACCCCAACCACGCCGGGCACCCGGCCUCGUUGCUCGCCACCACCUUUUGGGUGGCCGUGUCGCUCAUGGAGUCCGACUUUGAGUUUGAGUACCAGAUGGCGCUGCGGCUGGUGCACAAGCUGCUGGCGCGCGUGCCGCUGGACCGGCCCGAGAACCGCGAGCGGCUGGAGAAGCUGCAGGCACAGCUGCGCUGGAGCGGCUUCGCCGGCCUGCAGCAGCUGCUGCUCAAGGGGUUCACCUCGCCGGCCACCUGCGACCUCACGCUGCAGCUCUUCUGCCAGCUCACGCCCGUGUCCCGCGUCACCGUGGUGGACACCUCGCAGGCCAUAGGUUUCCCUUUGAACGUGCUCUGUCUGCUUCCCCACCUCGUCCAGCACUUUGACAGCCCGACCCAGUUCUGCAAGGAGAGUGCAGAGAGGAUAGCGCAGGUGUGUUUGGCGGAGAAGGAGAAGAACACUAAACUCUCCCACCUGGCUCACGUGAUGACGCUUUACAAGACCCGCUCGUACACCCGAGACCCUUUCUCCUGGGUCAGUGUGGUGUGCCGAUACCUGUACGAGGCUUUUGCCGACAUCACACUCAACAUGGUCACCUACAUGGCAGAGUUACUGGACAAGGGGCUUCCCAGCAUGCAACAGCCACUCUUGCAGAUCAUCUACAGUCUGCUAAGCCAUAUGGAUCUGGCCAUUAUCCAGGUUAAGCCUUUCAAUGUCGAGGUACUCAAGACCAUCGAAAAGUUUGUUCAGACGGUGCAUUGGAAAGAAUCUCUGAACAUUCUGAAGCUGGUGGUGUCUCGUUCAGCCAGCCUGGUCCUCCCGUCGUGUAACCACGGCGACCUCUCCCACCUGGAGGUCAGCCGCAUAUGGGAUGGCUCCUCCAAAGCUCUGCCGGGGAAAACCCUGGACUUCCACUUUGACAUUUCAGAGACACCGGUGAUCGGCCGCAGGUAUGAUGACCUGCAGGGCUCGGCGGGCCGCGACGGGAAGGCCAGGGCCAUUGCGGUGACGCGCAGCACCUCCUCCACCUCCUCGGGCUCCAACUCCAACAACGUGCUGGUGCCCGUCAGCUGGAAGAGGCCCCAGUCCUCACAGAAACGGACCCGUGAGAAACUGGUGAACGUCCUGUCAUUGUGUGGCCAGGAGGUCGGCCUCACGAAGAACCCAUCGGUGAUCUUCUCGUCCUGUGGGGACCUGGACCUGAUGAUGGAGCAUCAGCCCAGUCAGGUAUCCUCGGAGGACGGCACGCGCGAGCAGGACACGCUUGACGACACCGCCUCCGAGCAGCAGUUCCGCGUCUUCCGCGACUUUGACUUCCUGGACGUGGAGCUUGAGGAUGGCGAGGAGCUACAGGGUGAGAGUAUGGAUAACUUUAACUGGGGGGUGCGGCGGCGCUCCCUAGACAGUGGGGACCUGCACGAGCUCCUGGAGGAGAGCCAGCACUCGGGCAGCACGCCCAGUCUGGGCCACGAGGACGAGCAGCCCGACGACUCGGACGAGUCCUCGGAGGAGGAGGAGGAGUCCAACUCCACCAGCCAGAGUCUCUCUCACUCACAGCUGACCAUGAAUCUCUCUCCGUCAGAGGAGACCAAUCACACAGAUUCGCUGUCCACCUCCUACGACACCACCUCUCUGAACGCCACCACGCCCAGCCUGGGGACAUCUCUGCCUGAAGACAGCGCCAUGCCGCCCUUUCCGCCCCCUUUGGAGGUGAUGGGUGAGGACGAGGACAUGCAAGAGGAAGAGUUGUCCUUCUGCGUCAGCGAGCUGCCUCCGGGCUUCGACUGCGGGGACGCCUUCACCCUAGACCUGAUCCCUGAGCAGGAGCGCUCCGAGCGAGACCUCAGCGCCAGCUGCUUACCCAGUUUUGGGGAUGUCCGAGACGACCUGCAGGAUCUGGACUUCCCUCCGCCGCCCUCUCCCUUCUUCUCGGCCAUCCUGGCGGCGUUCCAGCCCACCGUGUGCGACGACGCCGAGGAGGCCUGGCGGAGCCACGUUAGCCAGCUGGUGGCCGACUGCGACGGCUCCUGUGCCAUCUACACCUUCCACGUCUUCUCCUCCCUCUUUCAGAACAUCCAGAACAAGUUUUGCUCCCUGACCAGUGAUGCCUCUGGUUACCUUGGUGAUGGAGUGAGGGGAAUAGGGUCAAAGUUCGUGCGGUCAUCCCAGAUGCUAACCUCAUGCUCCGACUGCCCAACAAUUUAUGUUGAUGCAGACACGAUUGUGUCUUACGGGCUGCUGGAGAAGAUCAAGUUCAGUGUGCUGGAGCUUCAGGAGUAUCUGGACACUUACAACAACAAAGAGGAUGCUGCCACCUCAUGGUUACAAAACUGCAAGGACACAUUUCCCAAGUGCUCUGAUGAUGGGGUCAUCACCUGUCAGCCAGGGGACACAGAAGAGAAGCAAAUGGAAACUCUGGCACAACUGGAGCUCUGCCAGCGGCUCUACAAGCUGCACUUUCAGCUCCUGCUGCUGUUUCAGUCCUACUGCAAACUGAUUGGGCAAGUCAGUGCCAUCAGCUCUGUGCCUGAGCUGCAGAACAUGUCCCGGGAGGUGAACGAGCUGAAGAGCAGCCUGAGGGUGGCAGCGGCCGCCGUGUCUGGAGACCUGGUGUCCCACCACAGGCCCCCGCCCCAGGCCAGCUUCCCCACCACAGAGGCAGCCGUGCAGGCCGUCCUGGAGUGCCUAAAGAACAGCGAGUUCACCACCGCCAUCCGAUACAUCCGCCAGUGCAGACGCACGUGGCCGAAUGAGAUCUUCGGUGGCAACGCGGAGGACGAGGUGCAGACCCUCCUCAACAUCUACUUCCGGCACCAGACCCUGGGCCAGACGGGCACCUUCGCCCUGGUGGGCUCGAGCCAGGACCUGUCCGAGAUCUGCGCCAAGCUCAUGGAGCUCAACGGCGAGAUCCGCGACAUGAUCCGCAUCGCCCAGGGCUACCGGGUGGUCGCCGCCUUCGCCCCCGACUCCAGCGCUUCCGGCGUUAGUCUCUGACACGAGGCGUGCGGCGUCCACUCGCCCCCCCCUCCCUGGCCUGGCCCUCAUCCUCCGCUGCUCCCCCCUCCCAUGCCCUUCCACCCCCCCUAACACCGACCCCCCUGCUCCACGCGCCCCCAUCCUUCCAUCCAUCUGCUGCCUUCUUCCCUGCCCCGUCCCCUCCACCCUCCACCUCCCUCUCUCUGCCCUGUGUGCCCGGUCCGAGCCAGCAGGGGGCAUGGGGGAGCUGCUGCAGCUGCCCCUCUCCGACAGGGUUUCCUCCGACACUGCUCCCCUAUGUGGGAAAGUUGGGCCGCGCCGCCAUGACUCUGCUCAGACGGGACGAGUUCCUGGAAGCCAAGGCGGCAUCCGACUCGGGAUGCCAAGCGGGUGGCAGUAGCGGAGAGACUAAACCGUUACUGCUCGACAUUUCGGACUGAAGUCAUUGAGUCACGUCUUCUAUUGCACUAAAUCGAGUUUUUCUUUUCUUUUUUUUGCUGUUGUCGUUGCUGUUGCUGUUGAUGUCGCCAUCGACAAUUUCUCCGAUUUUGCCAUCAUUACCAUUACAUUGAAACAUUACAGAAGGCAGGAGUGUCGCGUUUUGCGUCUUUACUACUGAAAAGAAAUGCUGCAGACUUUUUGAGGAAAUGCCAAAGCCAGAGGGACUGAUCUCCCACCAUCGUUGACUCUUUGUUGAAACUGUCCUACGGGGAAACGUGCAAUGCUACUCUCUUGACGUAAGGCCUUCUACUGUACUUGCUCAGCUCACACGAAUGUUGUAGCUUUUUUUUCAAAAACUCCUCCCGGCUUUCACAAUAAGGACAUGCAGACUGUAACACCAUACAGAAUAUAACCUAAAUCCGUAUUUUGUUGUUGUGGUGGCUCUGUGUCCAGGCUAUGAGCUUAUUUGCUUGUGAAACAACUUGUCACCAGUUCAUAGGUUCAACACUGUAUUGUAACAUAUCAUUUUUUUGUGAAUAUUCACUCCAUGCUACUCGACAAUUAGGCUGAUAUUCAGCAUUCAUGUCAAUAUUUGAAAAAGGAAUAGGACACAUGGAUAAGCUAUUGUAGAAGUGACUGGAUUCAAUUGUCAUGUCAGUAUCCCUUUUUACCCAUGUGUUGCUUUCUACUGUAUAGUAUCUUGCCUCUAGGGUUGUUUUCACAAUGUCAAGGAAAAUGCAUUGAACAUAGUUUUAUGAGAGACAAAGUUCUAUGUUGUGUCAGUUAAAACUGCCAAGCAUGCAUUGUUGUAUUUACAGUCAAUUGUAUUAGAACUAUUUAUUAACAAAUGCAUAUUUUAAAGGAGAGAAGAUAUGUUUGUAUAAAAGUACAAAGGGAGAUCUCCCCAUGCAAGUGUGUAGGAGAGCGUGUGUUUGUGUGUGUGCAAGGGUGUGUGUGUGUGUGUGCAUGCAAUAAAAAAAAUAUAUAUUGCACAUUGUACAGCUUCCUUUAGGAAGAUUGUAUGAGUAGGUUUUUGUGUCAUGUAAAUAAUUUUACAGUUUUGUGAAGUCCUUUGGGUUGGUGAUCUGUACAUGUCUGAAUCACAGUAAAAAAAUAAAUAAAUAAAAAAAAAACAUA